AUGAGUUCAUCUCUUUCAACGGUGGUGGACUUCACGGAGCCUUUGAGAUUCCAAAUUACAGGCGCGCGCCUUUCUGGAAGUACUUCUGGGCACAGCACUUCGUCACACGCCAGCAUGUUUUCAACGUGCACCACACCGGUUACAUCGUGCUAUGCGUUUUCUUCUGGUGGACAGGUGCGUUCUCAACCGCACCAAUCGAGCGCAGGGAGAAGUACUACAUGCAUUCGCCAAAGUUCAGGCUCCAAUCAGCAUAUGCAAAUCCAGGCACCAGGCCGGCAGCAAAGAUUGCACAGGAGCAGGCUAAGGUACGCUAUUUCUACAGAGGUCAUGAUCAUGCUUUCACCCUCAACGAGCUGA